AUGGACUCCUCAGAUUGUGGAAAGCUGCCUGAGCACCUGUUGGAGUCAGUUUUAGAGAGAUUAUCGUCAGCAUUAGACUAUGUGCGGUUCAGUAUUGUUUGUAGGUCAUGGAAUUCUAUAGCAAAGAAUGUUCUAAGCAAUCGAAGUAGGUUAACACGUCCUCCACUGCUCUUGACUUAUACGGGGAAAGAAGAGACAUGGAAUUUAUGCGACAUCAGGAAUGAUAAGGUUCUUGAUUUGCAAUUGGAAUUGCCAAACAAACGAUUCUGUGGGUUUUCUAAAGGUUGGUUAUUAACUAUGGAUGAGGAUUUCGUAGUAACUCUUAUAAAUCCGUCAUCCAGAGUUAAAGGGAGGAAAACAAAAGAAAAUUCAAUCAUUCGGCUUCCUGCACUCAAUCUUCUCAAGACUGAUGAAGUAUUUAAUGCCAAAUGGGCUAAAUUCUGUGAUUAUUAUGUCUUCAAGGCUACAAUCUCAGCAGAUCCAAUCUCAAAUGCAAAGGAUUGCAUUGUUGUGGUCAUACAUGAGGACUCGCGUCAAAUGGCUUUUAUUAGACUCGAUAAAGACACAACAUGGACUUAUAUUAAAGAAGGGAUUGCUGAUAUGGAAGAUGUUGUUUAUGUGAAAGAUAAACUCUAUACCGUCGAUAUUUUCGACCAACUUCAUUAUUUUGCCGCUACCACUGGAGCCAAGUCAUUUGACAUAAGCAGCAUUACAAGAUGUUUUGUAGAAGAAGGCAUCAUCAAGAGAUAUCUAGUCGAGGAUCUCUCAAUAUUUUUCUUGUAUAAGCUUAUUAAAUUGAAAAUGAAUGAGUUAAUCUUUGAAAUCUAUAACUCCAGCACAGUAGUAUAG